AUGGAAGCCUUGGUCUGUGUGUUCUCUCAGCUGCGCAUAAGAGAAGCAUGUGACUAUACUGUCCCCUCACGGCCUCUGUGGCCCACCAGCCACCAAUCUCCUGCUCUCCCCUCCACAGAUGCAGUGAGCUGGGUCCGAGGACGCACCAGUCACCCCGACACACCACCCAAUAUCUACGACGGGGGGCUGGGGGCCCAGCAGCAGCAGUGUCCCAGUGCCCAGGGAAGCAAGCCCAAGAACUUCCGGUUGUACCACCUCCGGGGUCUGGCUCUCUACCUGCCAGGCCUCAUGCAGCCUGCCGGCCAGUGUGAGACCCAUUGGCUGGGCCAGCUCAUGGCCGGGGGCUGCCUCCCACAACCUGAGGGCACAGUCUGGCCCCUGGACUUGAAACAGGGGGCUCUGGGCUCAGGUAACAGUCACCACUCAGCCCUUCUGGAAGUUCGACAGCCUGGGAAAUACAGGUGAGCACCUGUUCGGGUGAUGCAGGGCUGGGGACAGGAGGGGAAGACCCCGGGCAGGGUUGGGCUGGGCACUCAGAUGGACCCAGGUGGCCCCUCUCCACUCCCAAUCUGCCUGGGUACCUGUCCCAGCUCUACAUUUGAUGAGGGACCUCAGACUGCUCUCCCCCCCUGGCCAGGCCUCAGUUUCCCCAUUUGUAAAAUGAGGGGUUCGCGUUAGAGAAGGGUCCUUUCAGUUUGAAACGUGUUUCCCUCUUCCUCCUCCCCUCCCAAGUUUUCUUUAAGGAGAACUGCC